AUGGAUGAUCCGGUGCAUUAUAAACGGCAACACGAGCUCAGAGCCGGAAUCGGCGUAUCGAACCCGAAAACAGGAAAUUUCCAAUUCUACGGCCCUUCGUCUGGAUUCUGCUUUCUGCAGCGGAUUUACCAGCGUAUCAACCAAUCAUCGUCUGGCCAAUCGCUACUGGCGCGUCGAAGCUGCUCUGUGCCUGAUGCAUUGCAAAAAUGGGGUAUGGAGCGGUUCAUGUUUACCGGGGAUACGGAUGGAGAUAUUCGUCCGGGCCAAUUGCGGACGGAGGCAUUUCUCCCGCAAGCUUUGGGAGAGAGGUUCAUAGAGGCGUAUUUCAAGAUCAUCCAUCCGCAGAUGUCGGUGCUCGUACACUCGGAGAUCAUGGAAACAUGGGUUCAGAUGUGGGAGUUCCCCGUGCGAGGUCGCAAACUGAAAAAUCAGGAGAUCCUGUUCAUGGUGUUGGCUCUUGGGGCUCGCGUUGUCAAUUUGAAAGACAAGGAGCCCGAGGCACGGGUCGAAGGCUGGGCCGAGCAUUUCUCCAACCGUGCAGCCGAGGGGCCGAUCUUUUUGCAGGAACCGAGUGUGAAGGGAAUGCAUCUAAUGCUGCUGAAGGCUAUGUAUUCUUUGCAACUCAUGCGACAAAACGAUGCGUAUCUUUAUCUUGGCCACGCGACACGCAUCGCUAUGGUGCUGGGCUUGCAUCGCUCGCAAGUAACGGAUGGACGAGAACCACACAUGCAUCGACUACGACUCACAUUUUGGACCGUCUUUGUCUUUGAACGCAUCUCAUCGGUCUAUAUGGGUCGCCCCUCUGCCCUCUCCGACAAUCAAAUUGACACCGCAUACCCUGAAGAUUACCCCAGCAGCAACGACGAGAACAUCUACCAAGCACCGUCCGUGGAAUGCGCCUGGGUGCGAGCGAUGGCCGAAAUCGGAAAGCUCGCCGAUCGAAUCUCUGUGGAUAUUUACUCGCCAGCCAGCAUAAAAACCAUCGCCGACUUGACCACAGUUAACAACACCAGCCUGGAGUGCGACGCGGCCCUCCAACGCAUCAGCAGCUCGCUCCCAUCCUACCUACACUUCUUUGACGAGACCGUCCCCAUCGGUGAGGACUGGCAAGAAAUCCAACGAAUCAGUCUUGGAUUCAGCUACUACGUGCUUCGCAUGCUGCUAUACCGACCGGCACUGGUCCUGACGACGUUCUUCUCGAGCCCCGCAGAAGCGCAACAGACUGCAGUAUGUGGAGUUGACAUUCAAGCAUGCAUCAACGCUUCAACGUCUGCGGCCCGCAACCUGGUCAACCUAGCGCACGACGUAUACUUCCGUCGGUUCCCAGACAUUCGAUACGACGGAGCACUUGCAUCGUUCCUCGUCUCAGCGACCAUGACAAUGUUGUACGACGUUUUGAACCUUGGGACGGAGCCAGACCGUGCGCGACAGACCUUCGCUGUCGUAGAAAAAGGCAUUCAAUGCCUCGAUGAGAUCGAACAUACCGGAUACACGACAGGAAAAGUGCUCAGUAUGGACUUGAUGAAAGUGGCGAAGCAGGCGGUCCAAGCGGCAGACCCUGUCAUCGACACGAACCAGGUCCUGGUGGAUUCAUUCCCCUGGCUAGAUACCUGGACCCCCGGCACCACCACCGACCCGAGCCCUCAAGCAACGUCUUAUCUGUUCCCGCAGGACGGGGCCUUCCCUGGUAUUGGCACACUCGCCGCCGACACAGCACUGCUGACCGGCGGAGAGGUGAACUUCCUCUGGUUAAACAACGGCCUGGACCCGAGCACGAUCCCAGGAUGUUUGUACUAA